AUGACAAUAUUGCAGAUCAGAUUGAUUGCUACUUUCAUUCGUGAUUUCGUGUUCGUCACCAUGCACACUCACAACUUUGUGAUACUGCCACAUGUGCUCUUGAUAUUUUCAACAGCGGAUGCUUACUUUGGUUACGGUGUGAUCCGUUGCCUGUUUACUUCUAAAGAUGAUGUUGUUUAUCUGGCGCAAGUCUACUUGAAUAAGAUGCUUCUGGGCCAGUACAACAGCACUUUGGGGAAAUAUGUCGGCUACACAAAGAAAACUAAAGAAAUUGCAGACAAUCUCAAUAAAAACAAAGGUUUCCUGGAACAUGAGAAAAAGAACAAAGAGAAGUGCAGAACCAACAUCCCACUCGUGUUGGACAUUCUUUCAAGACCAGUGAAGCCCAUUGUCAGGCUGAGGUUAGUUGAGUCAGCAGAUAGCAAACAUCCAGGCUUGUUCAUGUGCAGCGCGUACAACUUUUAUCCCAAACAAAUCAAACUGACGUGGCUGAAGGACGGAAAGGAGGCAACAUCUAAUGUGACUUCCACUGAUGAACUACCCAACGGAAACUGGCUCUACCAGAUUCACUCCUACAUCGAGAUUUCAUCGAAACCUGGAGAGAAAAUCAGCUGCAUGGUGGAGCAUGCCAGCCUCACAGAGCCCAAGGUUUAUGACUGGGUGCCAAUAACUGAAGCAGGGAAGAAUAAGAUUGCUGUUGGUGCAGCAGGGCUGCUGCUGGCUUUGGUGUUUCCAAUUAUUGGAGUUAUUUUCUACAAGAGGAAGGCCACAUGUGAGACACAUAAACAAAAAAAACCUCAAACAACAAAAUCUGAAACUGCCGAUCUAAAUAGUGGGAAAAAUGAGGUUUAAGGUGGAUUAAAUGCCCUGCAACAGACUGGUGACCUCUCCAGGUCACCCACCUCUCACCCUGUGACACCUGGGCUCCAGCCCCACCACC